GUAAAGGUUGACGCUGCCUGGGAGUCUGUAACAGCUGCUAUGUGAAGUGUACGUAUGCAAAUUGGGAAGAAACGAAGCAAAGGCAAGGAAACGAAGGGGAUUUGACAAUUCCAAUUUUCCAAUAUUUUAUUUAAUAUUUCAUUCAUUUCACUCACAAUCACAGCCUUCUUCCCCACAAUCACAGGAUAUAGGGAGAAUUAUGAGUCGGUUGAACAAAAAUAAAAGUACUUGUAGUGAUGGUGGUGCUAGUAAUGAAUCCAGUGCAAGUGGAAAAGCUGGAGAAAGGGUUAGUCAUCUUGAUCAUGAAAUUGCGCAGCUCACAAGGCUUAGGUCAAGUCCCCAUGAGCUUUUGGGUCGCGUUGUUCCUGGUAGGAUGAGGUUACCUGCAUCUACUGUGAGAAUGAUAGUUGCUAGAGAAGGUAAUUAUUCUGGAAGAGGGAGAUUUUCAUCAGCAGAUGGAUGUCAUGUUUUAAGCCGCUAUUUGCCUACCAAAGGUCCUUGGAUUGUGGACAGGAUGAAAAGUCGUGCCUAUGUUUCACAAUUUUCUGCUGAUGGUUCUCUUUUUAUCGCUGGAUUCCAGGGAAGCCACAUCAGGGUCUAUGAUGUUGACCGGGGCUGGAAAGUUAAAAAGGACAUUUCUGCUAGAAACUUACGGUGGACAAUUACUGAUACAUCUCUCUCACCAGAUCAGCUCUAUCUUGUUUAUGCCAGUAUGUCACCAGUUAUCUAUAUUGUCACAGUGGGAUCUGGUACAACAGAGUCAAUAGCUAAUGUUACAGAAAUUCAUUAUGGAUUAGAUUUCUCUUCCGAUGAUCAUGAGGAUGAAUUUGGAAUUUUCUCUAUCAAAUUUUCAACGGAUGGGAAAGAGCUUGUGGCUGGAACUAGUGAUAGCUCAAUUUGUGUAUAUGAUCUUGGAGCAGAUAAGCUUAGCCUUAGAAUUCCUGCUCAUCGGAAUGAUGUUAACACUGUCUGCUUUGCUGAUGAAUCUGGCCAUCUAAUAUAUUCUGGAAGUGAUGAUAGUUUCUGCAAGGUGUGGGAUAGGCGUUGCUUUGUCGCCAGAGGGCAACCAGCUGGUAUCUUAAUGGGACAUUUGGAAGGCAUUACAUUCAUCGAUAGCCGUGGGGAUGGUCGUUAUUUAAUUUCUAAUGGAAAAGAUCAAACUACCAAAUUAUGGGAUAUAAGGAAGAUGUCUUCUAAUGCCAUAAAUUUGGGCCUUGGAGAUGAUGAGUGGGACUACCGGUGGAUGGAUUACCCUGAAUAUGCAAGAAACUUAAAGCAUCCCCAUGAUCAGUCAUUGGCAACAUAUAAAGGCCACUCAGUGUUGCGUACGUUAGUGCGCUGUUAUUUCUCACCUUCAUAUAGCACUGGUCAAAAGUACAUUUACACAGGCUCUAGUGAUUCCUCUGUAUACAUAUAUGACCUGGUAAGUGGUGCAAGAGUUGCAAAACUUGAUCAUCAUGAGGCACCAGUACGAGAUUGUAGUUGGCACCCUUAUUAUCCAAUGAUGAUCACUUCGGCUUGGGAUGGUGACAUUGUUAGGUGGGAAUUUCCUGGGAGUGAUGAAGCCCCUGCUCCUCCAAAUAAAAGAGCAGGUCGAGUUCGUAGGAGAAAUAUGCUCUAUAUGUAAUGUAAUGUAGCUCAUCUUCUUUGUACAUGUGUCUGGAUUAUAUUUUGCUAUACCUACAUGCAACUUAUGUCUAUUCCCUUUUAUCUUUUCUAUUUUCCUACAGCUAUAUAGAAAGGGCUCCACAAAAAUUUACAUUUAUUUAUACUAGUUUAAUGUAAAAUGUCGUCCCCUUAUGUAUUAAACGAGCCCAAUUCGUUGUUGGGCUAUUAUUAUUA